GCUUCGCCAGUGUGCAAUUCAGUUGUCCCGUUUUUGUGUACCUGAGUCAGGUUGAUUUUGUCCACGUUUUGGGCGGAGAACAUCCUCGAUUUUUUUUAUCGAGGAGGAGCCUUACUCUCAGUAACCAUGCUCUUCACCAAAAAGGACUCAGAGACUUCGGGAGUGGAUUACGCAGUUAACAUAAUAUUGUUUUAAUGGUGGUAACUAUCCCAAAUUAAAUUUAUUUCAUUUGCUGUGCUAUUUCAAGAGUCGUUGUGAAGAAUACAAACAUAACUCGUCUACAGUUCUCUGGAGAUCUCAACCGUGUACAACUCCUGCCUGCAGGAGCAAGACAAGAUGGUCCAAAAAGGAGGACACACAGAGUCUUGUUUGCUGUCCCUGUUGUUGGUUUCCACACUACCUAUGCUCAGCGCCGAGUAUGCCAACUGUGGGGAGAAUGACUUUUUCAACCAGACGAGCUGCCAACCCUGCCCUCCAUGCCAACCUGGUCAGGAGCCGUACAUGAACUGCGGUUAUGGCAUCAAAGAUGAGGACUAUGACUGUGUUUCGUGCCCGUCGGGGAAGUUUUCCAAGGGCAAGUACGAGAUCUGCCGGAGGCACAAGGACUGCGACGCUCUGUAUCGAGCCACGGUGAUGAUCGCCGGGACCCCAGACAGAGAUGCUGAGUGUGGGCCCUGCCUACAAGGGUACUACAUCCUGGAGAACCGACCACGGAACAUCUACGGGAUGGUGUGCCAUUCCUGUCAGAACGCUCCGAAGAACACCAAAGAGUGCAUGCGCACAUCCAAACAAUCAGGACAGGGUCGCAGCGUGUCUUCAAGCAGUACCACCAUUUUUCCACACCCAGAGAAAGAUCCAACUGGACAAGGUCACCUAGCAACGGCCCUCAUCAUCGCCAUGUCAACCAUCUUCAUCAUGGCCAUCGCCAUAGUGCUGAUCAUCAUGUUCUAUAUCCUCAAAGCCAAGCCCAGUGGACAAGCCUGCUGUUCUGGCCAGAUGGUGAAAACUGUAGAGGCGCAGACAAGCAAACAAGAGGAGAAGAAGGAAGUCCAAGAAAAUGUUGUGAUAUUCUCGGAGAAGGAUGAAUUCGAUAAGCUCAAGCCUACUCCUCCCAAGACGGUGAAAAGUGAGAACGAUGCCUCCUCGGAGAACGAGCAGCUGUUGAGCCGCAGCAUUGACAGUGACGAGGAGGCCGCCCAGGAGAAGCAGGGUGCCUCGGACCUCUGCCUGUUGUCACUGGUGCAUCUCACCCGGGAGAAGACCUGCUCGGCCAGCACCAUCUGCAACAAUAACAACAACAGCAAGGCCACCGGGAUUCAGAGUCGAAGGAAAAAAAUCUUGGAUCUCUACACAAAGGCCUGCAGUGUUGCUGAGGGUCUGAGUCCCACGGAGCUGCCCUUUGACUGUCUGGAGAAGACCAGCCGCAUGCUCAGCUCCACCUACAACACGGACAAGGCUGUGGUGAAGACGUGGCGUCACCUGGCCGAGAGCUUCGGCUUGAAGCGCGACGAGAUUGGGGGCAUGACGGACGGCAUGCAGCUGUUCGACCGCAUCAGCACAGCUGGCUACAGCAUCCCGGACCUGCUCACCAAGCUGGUGCAGAUCGAGCGCCUGGACGCCGUGGAGUCCCUCUGCAUAGACCUGCUCGGGGGGCUGGAGGGGGUACCCCACAUUCCCGUGGGCCCCACUCUCUCGUCCCGCUGUGCCAGUGUGUAAGAACCUCUCCUCUCCUCCCCACCAAACCCCCCCCCCCCCCACCUCUUUAACAGCUCCGCUUCACAUGAAGAAUACCAGCAGGCCUCCCUGGCAGAGACACAGAGAGACAGGCGUGCAUACGGAGCCUCGUCCCUCACACGUUGCCUGCCCGCCCGCCCGCCUGCCUGCCUGUUGUUUUCCCUCUCUGACUCUCAGUGCACAGCAGGCUGGAACUAACAGCACGUUACUGAACUCAUUAGGGACCAAGAACAGCCCGGGCCUGAGAUGAAUCAUGAAGUCCAGUUUGGAUUUUUUUAUUUAGUAUUUUUCUUUUUACUUUUUAAAGUUGUCAGUUGUUUCUUUCUCUCUUGUUUUGGUUGUUUUAUGUCUCCCACAAACCACAAGUUGGUUUCUAUUAUCCUCAUGAUUGGGUAAAGGAACAGGCGAACAACAAAAUACCCUGCAAACUUCCCGCAGGAUGCUCCAGAGAAGUGGCUGAGUUUUAAGCAGUCAAUGUCUUUUUGAUCAUUUCACAAGGUUCAGUGGGAAAAAAAGGCUCUGAAAACAGUUUUACUUAUGGAAGUCCCACAAGUCACCCACAGUGCCCAUACCAUCCCAGCCCAGUGGAGCCCAGUUUAACAGCCUUCUCAUAAGCCUUCUGCUGAGAGGUCUAUUAGGUUCACAUGAAGGUAUAUCAACUUCACAUGAAGCCAGCGGUCUUACUCACGCUCUCUACCAAAGCUGGACAGGGAGAAGUCCACCAGAUGUUUAUGCAUGUAGAAUUCUAAGUUCCAUUUCUACGGUCAAGCAGCAUCCAGUUGUCUGAACACACUGAUAUUCAUGGGUUUAGGGCUACAUCAUAAAGUGCUGGCCUGAUGGUGGGGACGGGAGAUGGAGCAACAAAACCCCUCGUAAGCCUGUGCCUUCGCCUCCUGUGGUUUGUUGCCGCUGCUGGUUAUAAUUGGCCCGAAAUUGGUGGUUUACAAAGUGCCUGUGAUUUCCAGCACCCAAUUAACUAAUAAGACGAAAUGGAAAAGCCAUAAAAGUGGCUAAUAUAACCGAAAGGCAGCCGCUGAGGCACUUAACUGCAUGCCAAAGGUGCCAGUGAAACGGGCAACACAGCGGCAUGCCUGCUGACCAGCGGACUAGCCCACUUUCAUGCAUUCAAGCCAGGGAAUUCUAAAUAAGCUGUAAAUGACAACUGUUCUUAACUUUAUGCAAUGUUGGAACAUAUUUGUGCCCUAUUUGAGAACUAGUUCAUUUUUGUGUACUGUUUCAGUGUUUGCUCUCCAGGCAUUCCAAUGCGUACUCUUCACAGUCAGACAGGAUUGAGUUUCACAAAUUGAAUUGAAUUUGCCAUCAUUUUUACUUUUGUAACCACAAUGAUAUAAUAACAUUAAUUAUAUGAAUAUAAUUUCAAUGUACAAUUUAGUGAAUGAUCUAAUAAGUACAAUAUUUGGGGCUCAUAUGCAGCCUUAUAUUGUCUGUGUUAAGAGAAGAAAAAGAGAAAGAGAAGCCAACUCCAGAUGCACCAAAUAUCCUUCUCCAUCCAGAUGUGCUCUUGCCCCAGAUGUGCUGGAUGAUCAUUCACACUUUAUCAUAAAUUGCAGGUGUGUGGCCGUUUAAUAUAAGCUUAGGUAGCGCCCCCUAAACACUAUAUCAGGGCAGGCGUUGUGCCGUGUACAAAUACUCUGGCACAUGCCAAGAAUUGGAGAGCAUCUAAGAGCAGUAUGUAAGCCAUUCAGAAGCUGAACGCAAGCAAUAUCAUCAAGGGUUUUUAUAGUAUUAAUUGGGAUCAACGGACCAAUAGUAUUUCUUUAGCCCACAGAUAAUCCAAUCAAGUACAAUUACCCUAAAACCUAUAAUAAUCGAAAUGUGACUUCCUUGCGUUGACAAACGAUUCGUGGACUGUGAAAACGAGAUGUUUUUUUUUUCUUGACUUUGUAACAGUGCUCUCGACCACUUGUAAAAGAGGAGAGCAAAAAUAAGAAAAGAUUGGUGAAACCCAGAAAACAAUGGGUACUAACAAAACAAGACCAAAUCAUGGAUACGAACAAAAACAAGUGGAAAUGUGUUCGUAUAUCGCUUCCUGCAUGAGGCCCUUGUUACACAUAACUAGCUGUGUUAGCUACUAUGUGUUUCAAACAGAACUGGUUAGUCUCUGUCAUGACUAGAACAAGAGUGUGUGUGUGUCCACAGUCUCUGCAGUGCUGUGUUCACACAGCUAAGACCCAGUUUUUGCCAAAGUUCAAUUCAACAGGAGCAGGACUCCGGUGGUGUUAAGGAACGGAUCUGCAUGUACAUUCUUACGCUUUUGACAUGUAUUCACUGCCAAAUAUCUAUUGUUUCACCAUGUAAAGCAGGACAGAGCAGCCAUCAGUGAAUGACAGAAAUGUGGUUGGGCUUGGUUGAUAACAGGUUCACUUACCUCAACAUAUUUUACGUACAGAGUAGAUUUUAAGAAAACACAAAAGCAAAACAAUACCAGAUGUACAAUACAAAAUGUAAGUGUAUAUAUAACUUAUUACUGUACAUAUGCAUCGCAAUAAAGAAGUAUUAGUUAGAAAUUAAAAAA